UGCUUUAAUGUGGACGACAGGAGAAGUGUUGUAGGGCUAACUGGCAAUCAUCUGGAGGUGUUUGGUCAAUCUGAACACGUGUGAAAGUAUGUUUCGGGACGGGUCGGUGGAACGUCAUAUGGAAGCCUGCGUUAUCCUUUAUUUAAACGCCAAGGACAAAAUACCUGACGAUGUUAGAAAUACACUUACCUUUGUCAUCGAAAAGCUUAAAGCAUGCACAAGCAACAGCGCAAAGCGGUGCAAAGAACGUUGCGUCGAGGAGGCUUCGCAGCUGCUGAAAAGGGUAAAAGACAAGCACCUGCAGGCGCUGGAGAUCGAAUAUGUUCUUCCACUCGUACAGCUGCUCAUCGCUAUGCAGCUGGAAAUGCAGCACAUCUCCACAGCCUGCCGUAAACUGGACCAGAUGAUACAACAAUUGUCAGACGUCAACCACUCCCUCGUUUUUGCAGAAAUGCAAGUUUGUGUGAGUCACCUGGUGGAUACAGAUCAGCUCCUGGCUGUGUUUGAUCUGUUGACAGCAUGCAUGUUAUUGGAAGAUAGCUCUUUGGGGCGUGAGGUGUGGAGACGAGCCUGUCCAUCCCUCCUCCACAAAGUAGCUGAAGUGUUCCCCAUUGCGCUGGAACAAGAGGCAUUGAAAAAUGGAGAAUGGUGUUACCUCGCAGUCAAGGCAUGCCUUCAGAUAUUUCAGCUGCUGCAUAAGGAAGUGGCACCUCUGGUGUGGGAGGGGGACCCCAGGGACUCCAGGGCUGUGCAGAACAUUGGGAAGAACUUGAUGGCUAUCAUCCUUGGAGAGAGCUCCAACAGGGACACUCGCUUCCUUGCGGGCACUGCAGUCGCCAUGUUGAUCAACACAGCGCCGGAAGCCCAGAGUGGAGGCAUGGCCACACACAGUCUGCUGCAGAUCACACGCACAGAUCCGUGGCUGCUGUGUGUGGGAGGACUGAGGGUGGAGUGUACACCCAGAGGAACUGAUGGUGUGGACCGGCUGGCUGUGGCCAGGGGCCUGCUGACCUGCUGCCGCAAGGACAUCCUCGCCAGCAGUCUAGACCGCAAAGGGACUUGCCUGCUCCUGGAUGGACUUUUUCCCAUUGUCUCAGCCCUGUGUGAGGAGAAUCUUGAUUGCCACUACUAUGUUUUCCAAGUGUUCGCACUGUGGCUGAAGUGCCUAAAGGAUUGUCUUGGGGGGGUGUGGGAGGUCAGGGGCGCCCCCUUGCUGCAGGAGGACUCCAGCCUGCAACAGCGACUCACCCAGGUCAUCUGGAACAAUGCAGAGAGCCCGGUGGAGGGCGUGACAGAGUUUGUGCACAGCUCAUUCCGGUUGUUGCUGGAGAUUUAUGAGCUAGAUUGCCAACACUUUGGGGACAAAGAGAAGCCUCUUUACCUUGCCUUACUACAGCGCAUCACUUCACUUCCGUGGGAGGCCAAAGCCAAAUACUUCCCUCUGUGUGCACUUCUUCCAUAUGUUGGUACAACCAUGGUGCUGAACCAGUUUUCAGAGCUGCCCUGUCAUCUUCUGAAGUGCCUCUCGACCAAUCACUUGUCCCCAUGUGCCUCAGAGGUCUACAAGUCCAUAAUUCAGCAGCAGAAGCGCGAGCUGUGUGGGCGUGUUGCUCAGGAUGCCCCGCCCUCAGAGGCGGAGCUGGCGGAGCAUUGGGCCCAGCGGUGGCGGCCGAUGCUUCUGGAGGCCCUGACCUCUGAUGUGACCCUACUGCAGAACAAUGCCUCCAGCUACCUCCUGCCCUGGACUCUGCGCACAUUUCCAGGGGCCUCCGAGGUGCUGCAGGCCCCACUGGUCCCCGCCAACCCGGGACACCUCCGUGCCUGGACUUGCAUCAUGAGUGCGCGCAGGGCAGCGAGUGGCACCUGGCCCCUGGAAGACGACUCUUCCUCAGAGACACUCAGGCUGGCGCUUGGCUCCCUUGAUGACAGCGUCCGGCUGGCAGCACUCAACCUUCUGUGCUGCAGCCCCAAGACCAGCCAGCCCCCGACACCAGGCGAGCUCUCUGCAAUGAGAGACUUCAUCCCUCUCAAUCUCAACAGCGAGUCCUCCCCUUUCCGUCAGCACCUGCAGGCGGGGGUGAGGAGGUUUCUGGUCCGCAUCCGGGACAGCUGCCUGGCACGCCUCAAAGGGAGGAAGGAGACGAAUCGGGCUGUUUCCAGCCAGGAGCGGGAGGCAGACUGGGUGCUGGAUCAGGGAGUAGACUUUGUGGACUGGCUGGCCGAGCUUCCUUUUGCCUACCUCGCUCCAGGGCACAGUUACCAGAGGAAGAAAACAGUGCUUCUCCUGCUUUCAGUCUUGUUGGAGACUUGCACUGAUACCUGGAGCCCUGACAAGAAGAAGGGCCAGCCUCCAGUGAAUAUGUCUGCUUUGAUAAAGUGGGCAAGGCAAAAAGGACAGUGGGAUUUCUUCUCCAGGUCAAAACUCCUAGUCCUUAUUGGCUGUUUAGAAGACUCCACCAAUGAAAUCCGUGAGCUGUCUGCCGGGCUGCUUCUGAAGUUUUUCUCCCCACGCCUCCCCGCUGAUAUCGCCCCUGCGCUGUUUGAGAGGGCAGGCAGGCUCUUGUGUAGCCCCCGUGUCCAGGAUGCGCAGACAGGAGCUCUGAUCACCAGGAUCCUCCUCCAAAUGUCUGAGGACAUCUCUGUCAUCCUGCGGCGUGAAAGCACACUGGACAGCACCAGUCUGCAAGAUGGAAAGACUGUAGCUCUGGUCAUGUACCUGCUUCGAGAGCUGGAGCAGCACUACCUCACAGCCAAGACCGACAUGCUCCUUGCAGCCAAGACCAAGCCGAUACAUGGGGUUGUGACUGCACUCCAGAGGUGUCUCCUUGACAGCUUUGAUACCCUGGGCUCAGUACAGAAGGCAGCACUGGGGCCGAGUGUAACAGAGACCAUCCUGGGCCUGCUGGAGAGGAUUACUCUCCUCCUACUGGGUGUGCUGUAUGGAGAUGAGAGUGCAUGUAUGGACGAUCAAGAGGCGCCACCGUCUUUUUGUGACAUGGGGAACGCCAUUCGCUCUGUGAUCACCCAGGGCGGGGGGCAUAGUGAGGGAGAGGGAGAGGACUGUGUGCUGCUGUCAGAGGAGCACAGUCUGGUCCUCACCAGCUGCUGGGUCUCUCUCAAGGAAAUAGGGAUUUUCUUAGGCUGCUUUGUUGAGAACACCUUGGCAACGCCCUGCUCCGCAGAGUCCUGCCUGACCACAGAGUAUCUGAAGAGGGUGGCAAAGGUCUUCAAGGACAUCCUUCUCAAGUGCCGCCAUUGGGGAGCUGUGGAGGGAUGCUGCGUAGGCUUCACAAAGUUUUGCGCCGCGCUGCUGAGCAGUGGGAAUCCAGAGCUGCAGGAGAUUCCUGCUCAAAUGCUGAAGCAGGGCCUUUUGGUGCUCCAAUCACCACGCAGCACCUCUGUGACACGGCGGGCGGCGGGGCUGCCCAUGCUCAUCCUCUGUUUAGUGGCUGCAGAGGAAGCCAGUAAAUCCCGCCCCCUACUGGCCCUCAGCAUCAAGACCCUGCAGGAGACUGCCAGCACACCCGUGCCACAGCGCUGGGACCAGACAGUGGACCUGCCACAGGUGUGUGCGGUCCACACGCUGCAGGCCCUGGUGCGGGGCUCUGGCCUGGGAGUGGCCAUACUGCAGUAUGCCUCUGCCAUUACUAUUCUGUCCCUGAAGCUCCUCAGCUCCCCCUGCUGGGCUAUGAGGAAUGCAGCACUGCAGCUGUACAGUGCCCUGUGUUCUCGGAUGCUGGGCCAGCGCCCGGGAGGAGAGGAGGGCUCGUCGCAGCACGGGAUGUCACCCCAGGCCUUCUUCUCGCACUACCCCGCCCUGCAGCCCUUCCUCCUUGAGGAGCUGCGGCGGGCGGCGGCCGAGCCCCAGGGGAGCUCGGGGGCGGCCCAGCUGCGCCUGUACCCCUCCCUGUUCCCCGUCCUCACCCUCCUGGGGAAGCUGCAGCCGGGGAUCCAUGACGAGACACGCUCCCUGCAGGCCUUCUUGGGGCCCCUGCUGCAGCUGGCAGCCAGCUCCAUCCACAACGUGAGGGUGAUGGCAGCCAGGGCCCUGGUCGUCAUGAUGCCCCCAACUGAAUACACGAACACUCUGCUGGUGCUGGUGAGAGAUCUGCCAGAGCCCCAAGACCCCUGCUGCCACAACCGCCUGCACGGACAGCUUCUACAGAUAAGAGCCGUUCUGGCAAGGGCUCUGACUGCUGACUGCACACAGGAGGAGUCAUUUUCGAACCUGCUGGAGCGGUUUGAGGCCAAGCUGUGGCUUGUGACGUCGUCUCAGAGGUGUCCCGUGAUCCGCUCAGCCUACCUGAGCGUAGCGGCCCUGCUGGCCAGGUUCCUCUCGCACAGUUUCCUGGACCAUUUGCAAGCCCUGCUUUUAUCAGAACUGCACAGCUCACCACACAGACUGCAGAUGGGCUCCGCCUCUUUCCAUCAAAACUCGGUCCGCUUCCUGUGCGAGGAGGCAGUGAGGUCUGGAGACCUGCAGCGGGCACGUCAGCUUUGGCAGAACCUUCCCGGGGGCAGCCCUGACGUGCAGCUGUCAUUGGUGGGAUGGGUGGCAGAAGGGCGGAUCUGGAGGGGGACCGGCUUGCAGCAGGUGCUGGAGACCGUUCUGCAGGUGAACCUGAAAACCGCUCUGCUGGAAGGGACUGUCCACUACAGGAGGACCUAUUUGGCAGCAUUGGUGGCAGUGAUGACCCCAAAUGAGGCCAGCUCCCCCCGGGGGCCCCCUCCGGCCCUGCAUCCAGACUCAGAGGAGUCCGCCGAGCUGCUGCUGGGAGUUCUGGAGCGCAGGGAGGGCGGCCCUGAGCUCCUCUCCCUGGCCCUGUGCACCGUCAGCCUGCUGCUGUCCCACAGCUCUGACGUGCAACUGACUGAGCGCUGGUGUAGCCUGCUGGAGGUGCACAGGGCACCAGGGGCCCCCGAAACCCUGAGGCUGGCCUGCGCACGGGCCCUGUGGACCGCCGGGGCCCCCCUCAUCAGCAGGUCCCUGAAGGACCACUCUCACUGCCCGACGCUGAGCCCCAGGUUGCUCAGCACUGGCCUAUACCUGCUUCAGGAUGAGAACCAGCAGGUGAGGACAGAGGCUGCCUGCUUCGCCUCCACAGUGGGCCACAUGUGGAAGGGCAAGCCAGAAGAGCCCUGCUUUCAGAUGCAGGUGAACCAGGGGAUGCUUUGCCUCCUGGACAUGCUGCUGGAGGAAUUCUGGGAUAGCCGUGACACUCUGGAGGCUCUGAUGUGCCACCUGCCAGAGUCUGACCUGAAGACAUUGCUGGAGGAAGUUCAGAACACUGAGUGCGUCAGUCUGUACGAACAGGACGAGGCCAACGUGUUUGCCGAACCUGCUGUCAUGUCAGCGUGUCUGCUCCCCUACCUGCUUCAGCUGGCUAAAAAACUCCCAGAAUCCCCCUGUCUCAAGAGACGUCUAGUAAGAUGGGCCGAAGAGAAUGCUGAGGAUGUACUGAAGAAUGUCAACCUAUGCAAACAGUUCCAGCCAGUUUCAGGAGAGCUGCUGGCCCCGUCCUGGCUGGGGCUGCUGGUGGAGGCGCGUUUCCACCGAGCACUGUGCGGGCUGUUUGCCAGGGCGGGCCUCCUCCUGCAGCUGCUGGAGACCCAGGAGGAGCUGAGGGCCCUCUGCUGCCCCCGCGUACUGCAUGCUGACCUCCAGGGGGUGCACAUGCUCCUCUGCAACCACGGUGUCCUGCUUCCAGAAGCCAUCCGCGUGGCCCUCGGCCUGCACCAGCCCCUGUGAAAGACUCGCUCCAUCUGUGGCCCGCUCCUAACACCUGGCUCCUCUCCUCUCCUUUUAAUGUAUACCGAGCAUCAGAAGAAAUGUCUUGCUGUAUUUAUGCAUGCAUGUUUUCAGAGGACUGAUAGUUUUAGCUGGUUCUCUUGACAAGC